CUAGGAGAUACUCUCGUGGAUGUUCAUUCCAAGUACCGGCCUCGCUGCAAGGCGUUUCAUGUCAGCCAUGGCUCAGUCCAUGACCCCAAUGGAAGAUGCUCUGCGGACCAAAAUUACAGAAGCUUUGAAGCCAACUUCGCUCGAGAUCUUCAAUGACUCACAUAAGCAUGCGCAUCACAAAGCCAUGCAAGGAGUCACCAGCAGAGAGACGCACUUCCGGGUUUUCAUCACCUCACCAGAGUUCAAAGGCAAGAUGCAACUUGCACGCCACCGCAUGAUCAACUCCUUGAUGAAGGAAGAACUGGCCAAAGAAGGCGGUAUCCAUGCGCUGCAACUCAUUACCAGGACACCCGAAGAGGAAGAGGCCAGGAAACAGAAGGAAGCAGUCCAGGCAUGAGUGCAGAUUACUACAGAUACCCAAAAUGCACGACCAUGGAAAGGGUUGGCGAGAAGCGACCGAUGCAGCUGCGUGGGUAGACGAGAAUACGACGGGGAUUUGUAUUACCUAGCCGUCACAAAUAGAAGCGAGAGUGGUAUUAGGGACACUGGUGUAGUCUAACCUGACGCCCGCAACGCUCAUAGGUCACUUCGUAUAGUCGUUCCUACGUAAAGCUUAGC